AUGAAGAAAAUUAGUCUUAAAACCUUUCGGAAAUCUUUUAACUUGAAUAAAAGUAAAGAAGAAACUGACUUCAUGGUCGUACAACCACCGUCACUAGCCAGUGACUUUGGAAAAGAUGAUUCCUUAUUCGGUAGCUGCUACGGUAAAGAUAUGGCCAGCUGUGAUAUCAACAGCGAAGAUGAAAAAGGUGGGAAAAACAGAUCAAAAAGCGAAAGCCUGAUGGGUACGUUAAAAAGGCGGCUUUCUGCGAAGCAGAAGCCAAAGGGCAAGGCCAGUGCCACGUCCGGGGGCUGCGCCGACGAGGACACCUUCUCCUGCUCCUCGGCGCCCAUCAUCUUCAAAGACGUGAGGGCGCCGCGGCCGGUCAGGUCCACGUCCCUCCGGAGUCACCACUACAGCCCCACACCGUGGCCUCUGCGACCCACCAACUCCGAGGAGACGUGCAUCAAGAUGGAGGUGAGAGUCAAAGCCCUGGUGCACAGCUCCAGCCCCAGCCCGGCCCUGAACGGCGUCCGCAAGGCUUUCCACGACCUCCAGCCCGAGCCCACGCGCCAGGAGCAGAGCAGCGCCCUCAAGAGCCCGGCGGCCCAGAACGGAGACCUGCGCCUGCACCUGGAUGAACAUGUGCCUGUCGUUAUUGGACUCGUGCCUCAGGACUACAUUCAGUACACCGUGCCUUUAGACGAGGGGAUGUACGCUCUGGAGGGACCACGCGGCGGCUGUCUGGAUGCUUCCUCCCCCAUGGAAGUCUCCGCACUGCCUCCUCCCGUGGGAGGGAGCUCGUUCCCCGAAGACGAGAGUCAGGUAGACCAGGACCUGCUCGGGGCCCCGGAGAUCUUCGUGGACCGGGCCGUGAACGGCUUGUUGAUCGGCACCACGGGAGUCGUGUUGCAGAGCCCCAGUGCCGGUCACGACGACGCCCCUCCGCUCUCCCCGUUGCUACCUCCGAUGCAGAAUAGUCAAAUCCAAAGGAACUUCAGUGGCCUCGCUGGCGCAGACGCCCACGUGGCCGAAAGCAUGCGCUGCCAUUUGAAUUUCGAUCCCAACUCUGCCCCCGGCGUUGCCAGAGUUUAUGACUCGGUGCAAAGCAGCGGUCCCAUGGUUGUGACGAGCCUCACAGAGGAGCUGAAGAAACUCGCUAAGCAGGGCUGGUACUGGGGGCCCAUCACGCGCUGGGAGGCGGAGGGGAAGCUCGCAAACGUGCCGGACGGGUCCUUCCUCGUCCGGGAUAGUUCUGACGACCGGUAUCUUUUAAGUUUGAGCUUUCGCUCCCACGGUAAGACACUUCACACGAGAAUCGAGCACUCGAAUGGCAGGUUUAGCUUCUAUGAACAGCCAGAUGUGGAAGGACAUACGUCUAUAGUUGACCUAAUUGAGCAUUCAAUCAGGGACUCUGAAAACGGAGCUUUUUGUUAUUCAAGGUCUCGGUUGCCUGGAUCUGCCACCUACCCCGUCAGACUGACCAACCCAGUGUCACGGUUCAUGCAGGUGCGCUCUUUGCAGUACCUGUGUCGUUUUGUUAUACGUCAGUAUACCAGAAUAGACUUAAUUCAGAAACUGCCUUUGCCAAACAAAAUGAAGGAUUAUUUACAGGAGAAGCACUACUGAAAGAUGGAGAACCCUGCAUCUUGCACUUUGGGAAUAAGAAAAAGAGAUUGAAACACAGUUUACAAACUUUCAUUGCCAUCAAAAUCUUUUGCUGCCAUAACUAUUUCAGUUUUACGUGUGAGUCAUCCGUUUGUUUAGGGGUGGGGACCUGUCUGCAACGUGUCUUGGGUUUAUUUUAGUUCUUUAAAAAGGGAAGUCCUGAGGUUUUACAAGUGUGAAUUAUCUUUCAUCAAUGUGCAGAAUAAUCACAAUGUGAAUUAUCAGAUUCUCCUUAAUGCCCCCAAACCCCCAUUCUUUGCUGCUAUCCACUGUGAUUUUUAUGCAUUAAAAGCACAUUUCAUGUGUAUUCAACCCUAAGUAAAGUUGAAUGAAACUUAGAAAGUGAAAAUUACUGUAUCUUUUUAAAUGGCCCAUUUUCAAAAUAUUGUGUUAAAUAAACAUACUGUGUGAGAAAACACAAUUUACAUAUACACUGAAAAUAAUUUUUUAAUCUCAUAUUUUAAAAAGAUUUAUUUAGAAUUAUGAGUUGACAUAAUGUUGGGUAAUGGAAUGCAGAUCUGUAACAUGUCUUUUACAACACGCUUUUCUAAAUUAUUGUUAAGGCUGUGCUACUUUUUUUUGGUUGUGAAAAGUUGAAUUUUUCUGUUGCCUUCAUUUUCAUCUUGUGGUUUGUCGAUUUUAAUAAAUGGCCUUAUAUGAAAAAAUUGUAAAGAAAUGUAUACCACCAAUUUUGAGAUUGUUGCCUUUUCUGUCAUUAAACUCGGGUACAAAUUGGCAUAACAUAUGAAGAUCUAUGGGACUAGAAUUAAAGAAAUAUUAGAUGAUCAUA